GUUGUCACCUGUUCCGUGGAACAUGGUGAAAUUCUUAUCCCUCAGUUGCAGAAGAGUCAAUAUAGAUUGCAAACAACGCUUUGCAAAAACUACGUAUUUACCAAAUAUGAUGCCGUCCAGUACCAACCACUGCCUGAUCUUACCAGGAUCAAACACAGAAGUGAACUUCUUUCUUGUCGUUUAUACGUGCGCAAUCAUUUUAUUUAUUUUAAAAUCUGUUUACAAAAGAACAUUAUAAAUGAAAUUAACCCUAUAGCGUAGGCCUAUUUGCCAAAUAAAUUAUCUUCACCUUUUUCGAGAUGGACAUUGUAUUAUAAAUAGAUUAAAUAUUUAUAACAUUUGAAAUUAAAAUCUGAUUUGUAUAUUAUACACACUAACCUAUAAUAAUAUAUGCAUAUUGUCAUAUAUAGGACAUAUGCUAUUAUAAUUAUAAAUCCGCAAAUUAUAUACACAACAAAUAAUGUAAUGUUACAAUCAUAAUUCUAUAACAUCUCAAACAUAACGCAUUAUCUGUAAUGGCGUCUUAAACAUUUAGUGUAAAUUGAUUAUACUACAUAUAUAUAGUCAACUCGUCAAAAAAGGCAAGCCUAUAAAUCGUAUCAGACUGGUGGAGCUUGAAUGAAACUUGCAUGAAUUAAAUCAAAAUGAAAUGCGUGAAGAGAUUUUCUGAGAAAACAUCAAUUUUAAUUUUAAUCAGCAUAAAUUAACCAUGUAAAAUUCUGAGACGUUUUACUACGGCAUAGGGAGGAUCGACAUUUUGUUUAAUGUUUCAUACGGUUGUUUAUUCUUAUACUGGUUUAAUUCAACAUAUUCCAUUAUAAUAAAAACAAAAAAAGGGUAGCGUGUAAAGGAGCGCGUCUCCUUUUUACAUGACAAGUUGACCAAAAUAAAGCAAACAAGUGCUUAGUUUUCACUACAAAUGCCAGGACCAAGAACUCUCAAACACAGCAUUGAAAGAGCAUUUGGACAAAAUGCCAUGCUAAUGCUAAAUGGACUAUUGCUUAAGACUCUUAAAAAGAAAUUUGGUAUCCUUUGACCUGAAAUAAACUCACAGUUAUUAAUGAAGCAUAAAUACCCCUGCAAUUCAAAUUACAAUUAUCCUAAAUGAAAGUUAAUAUUUAGUUAAUCCUGGGGACAGCUUGUCAGGGAGAUUGGGGUCUUUCUUUAAUAAUGUAACAUUAAUGCGCGUUCCCCUUGUAAUUAUCUUUAUCAAGGUCUCUGCGCUUAACCUAGAUGUUUAAUAGAAAGAGGCGGAAUCAAAUGGAGUUGCGUAAAGCGGUUCUUCUAAACUUCAUAAAAUGUUACAGAAACAGCAGAGAACGAGAAAUGAUACUUUCGGAGAGUUAGUAAUUAAACGUAGGCUAUUUAAAUAUCUUUGAGUACAGUUUAUGAAUUGCCAGACUUCAUAUAUUUCAAAGUAUAGGCAUAUUUUUUAUUGAAAUUUUAUGCCAGUCGUAUGAAUUCCCUGGUUUUAUUGUUGUCUUAUAAUGUAAUUCUCGUCCAACGCCAGCUCUGACUACCGAAUUGGUACACUUGGCUUUAUUUUGGUGUUUAAGGCAUAAAUCAGAAAAUGACAGCAAUCUUUAAAGAUAUUAUUUCAGACUGUUUCUUGGUUUAGAUUUUAAUGCCCUGUGGUUUAUGCCCCACAAAAUCGAGAAACACUGGGUUUAGCAAAGCAAUGUGGAUAAGUGAAAUCUCUCAACUAGGGUAAAAAAGACUUCGAGAGAAAAAUCCUUAUCGGAUUUGAAGGAAAAUUGGAGGCAAUUAAUCCUUUGGGAUUGGAAAAGGGAAACGCCUUCCAUAGGGAUGACAGAUCUUUUUGAUCUGAUUGGUUACUGAAAUUACCCCCUUGGUUUGGCACGAGGAUAAAUGGUACCCCACAUGUUCUCUCCGGUUCCGUCAUACUUCGGUGCAGUAGUGUAAAUUCGAUGACAACCAUGACAGGAAAAGAGGAUAUCCCAGAUGUGAAGCCCAAAGUAAAGAUUUUAGCGCCGACUUUUGGAAUCGACAAAGCCAGACUCGGUGGAUCAGGCUUUAGAUCUAAAAGUUUCGCCAUCACCGAUCUCUUGGGUCUCGAGACGGAUCUUCAACCAAAUCAAGUGGUACCUGGAGUGGGAGGCAACGCUGAUGGCCAGAGUGCGGGCUUCGGGGGUUUUUCCUUUGCUGGAGGCUCCCUACCUCUCGGUUUAGGUUUUCUAUGUAAUCUGGCUGCCCAGCAGCCCCCUGGGACACCUUGCUUUAUGCCGAGCCACAUACCCCUACUCCAAUCCAGAACGGAGACUCAUUUCAUACAGAACCUGGACCAGCAGAGGGAAAACUAUUCUGACGAUGACUGUCUUUCAGUGGAUCGUAGUGACACAAAGAGUUCCGGAAGUUCACAAAAGAGGAAAAAGAGAAGACAUCGGACAGUGUUCACAUCUCAUCAGCUUGAGGAGCUGGAAAAGGCGUUUCAUGAAGCACACUAUCCUGAUGUGUACGCCAGAGAAAUGCUGGCAAUGAAAACCGAAUUGCCUGAAGACAGGAUACAAGUGUGGUUCCAGAACCGCAGGGCCAAAUGGAGGAAGCGGGAGAAGUGCUGGGGCCGCAGCAGCGUGAUGGCGGAGUACGGGCUGUACGGCGCGAUGGUCCGCCAUUCCAUCCCGCUGCCGGAGUCGAUCAUAAACUCUGCCAAGAACGGCAUGAUGGGCUCGUGCGCUCCCUGGCUGCUAGGAAUGCACAAAAAGUCAAUGGAGGUAGUUAAAAUUGUCCCCAGUACCCCAGAGUUAAACGGCGACGCAUAUGUGGAAGAAUCAAAGGGGAAAGACAGCGCCAUCGCGUGGCAAAAGCGAGGCGAAACGCCAGAGGACGGCGAAGAUACAGCCAUGGACCUGUCGCGCGCGUCUAAGCAGCAAAACAGAAGCACAUUGAGACUGUCACACACAUCUCCCAAAGACUCCGAGAGCGAUUCCGACGGCGAAAGCUAAAUACGGCGAGCCCGUUCUGCCGCUCUGUCUUACAUGGUUUUGUUUCAUUGUAAAUGUAAAUUGGUUUUAUAACUUAAAAUGACGUGUAAUGUUGUUAAUUCUAAUUUAAUCUGUCAGAAGCACUUAAAUCUGGCUUUAUUCAAGUUAUAGAAAACGUCAAAUGUCCUAAAAUACUUGUCGCAUUUAAUAUGGCUAAGAAUUUUCACGAAACAUUCGUCUUAUGUUCAUAAUGUAAAAUAAUUUUAUGUUUACAGCUAUGCAGUGUUAUGUUAUCGUCCAUCUGAUUUUGGUUUCCAUGAAGCAGGAAAAAAAUGCGAGAAGGACGAUUUUUCAGCACUUUAACAGUGUGGAUUUUGAAUGUGAAUAAGAACGUAAAUAAUAAAUAAAAUCAAACAACGAUACAUUUGUUAAGAUAAAACUACACUGCCAUUGCUUUUUGUGUAAUUCUAUAUUAUCGCUUGUCCAUCGCGAUACACCCACACACCACACCCACUGACAGUACUGUGCUGCUUUCAGUGAUAGGGGUUAUGGACGUAGCUAGAAUUUCUG